AUGGCAUUUUUGGAUCGAGUUAACAUUGGCAACGCUGCUGUCUAUGGUCUGCAGAGGGAUCUCAGACUUGUGGGCGAUGACUUCAACGUUGCGUUGACCGUGUUCUUCGUGCCCUAUGUCCUCUUCGAGAUCCCUUCCAAUAUCGUGCUGAAACGGCUCAAACCACAUUUUUGGUUAUCGAUAUGCAUGUUCCUUUUUGGUCUCGUCACACUGCUACAGGGCUUCGUCCAGAGUUUCAGCGGCUUGAUUGCGACCCGAUUCUUCCUUGGUCUUGCAGAGGCAGGGGUCUUUCCUGGAUGCUUUUAUUUGAUCAGCAUGUGGUACAAACGCUCAGAAGCUCAAAAGCGAUACACACUCUUCUUCAGCUCUACUCAGCUUGCGGGUGCCUUCGGGGGACUCCUUGCCAGCGCUAUCGGAAACAUGAAUGGUCUACGAGGCUACAAUGCGUGGCGGUGGAUAUUUAUCCUGGAAGGCCUCUUGACUUGCGUCCUGUCCUUUGCUACCUAUUUCUUGAUAUCCGAUUUCCCUGAAGAGGCAAAGUGGCUGACCGAGGAAGAGCGAGUCUAUAUCAAAGAACGAUUAAGAACAGAACAAGGGGACUCAAAGGCAGAUCGUCGCACCACUUUCCGUGACAUCGUCGAGGUAUUCAAGGACUACAAAAUCGUCCUGGGAGGUCUUAUGUACUUUGCCCUCAUCGUCCCUGCAUAUGGCUUCGCAUACUUUUCUCCCACCAUCAUCCGAACAUAUGGCUACUCUCCAAUCUCCACCCAGUUGCACUCCGUCCCGCCGUUCGCCGUCGCCUUUGUCUUCUCUGUGCUCAUUGCUUUUAUCUCUGACAGGCUGCAGCACCGCUUUGUCUUCAUCCUUAUCCCACUGGCCCUCGGCAUCAGCGGUUCCGCCAUCCUCCUCCGUGUCCACAACAACGUUGACGCUCAGUAUGGCGCCCUCUUUCUCUUGGCUAUGGGUAUCUAUGCAGCCAUGCCUGUCGUCAUAUGCUGGUUCACCAUGAACUUGCAAGGUCACCAUGCCCGCAGUGUCGGCACCGCUUGGCAGAUCGGCUUCGGCAACCUCGGCGGCAUCGUUGCGCCGUUUGCUUUUUUGUCUAGGGAUGCACCCUACUACCGUACCGGGUACGCGCUCCUCAUGAGCAUGAUCUGUCUUGCCGUCGUCUCCGCCGCCGCGUAUUUCCUUGCUCUCUGGAGAGAAAAUCAAAGACCGGAGAGGAUAGCAAAAGAAGAGCUGACCAGACCCGAGCAUGUAAACAGGGCCAACUUAGAUGGAAGGUUGCGCCAUAUACUAUAG